AGAAUAAUAGGUAAUAUGACCAGAAAGCACAUCCUCCCUUCAGGUCCAUGGUCAUUACCAAUUGUGGGGAACCUGCUUCAGCUUGGAGAGCAUCCUCACCUUUCAUUUAUCCAAAUGAGGAAAAAAUAUGGGGACAUGUUUCUCCUAAAGCUGGGGAUGGUACCUGUUGUGGUGGUGAAUGGUCCAGAUACAGUAAAACAAGUGUUACUUAGAGAUGGAGAGGGUUUUGUUGGCAGGCCCAAGAUGUACACCUUUUCUUUCUUUGCUGAUGGAAAAAGUCUAUCAUUUUCUGUAGAAUAUGGAGAGAGCUGGAAACGCCACAAGAAAAUUGCCAGUAAAGCUUUAAGAUCCUUUUCGAAGCCAGAAGCCAAAACCUCUACUUGCUCUUGUCUUCUGGAAGAGCACGUAUGUGCAGAAGCUUCAGCACUGGUGAAAAUGUUCCUGGAGCUCUCCUUAGAGAAAGGUGCCUUUGACCUCACUGGUAUUACCACUUGUACUGUUGCAAACGUUGUCUGCGCCCUGUGCUUUGGCAAAAGGUAUGAAUACAACGAAGAGUUUCUUAGCAUGAUUAGGAUCAAUGAAGAUUUUCUAAAAGCCACAAGUGUUGUUAACCCAGCUGAUUUUAUACCCUGGUUUCGUUACCUUCCAAUCCCUGCUAUGAAGGCUGCCCAGGGGUUUUAUGAAGUCUUAAAUAACUUCAUUGCACAAUGAGUAGAAGAACAUUAUACCACAUAUGAUAAGAAUCAUCUCAGAGACAUUACUGAUGCUCUAAUAAGUAUAAGCAAUGACAAAAGAAAUGAUGGAAGAGCUCCACCCUUCUCUAAUGAUAAAAUAAUAAGUACUGUGAAUGACAUCUUUGGAGCUGGGUUUGAUACAGUAUCAACAUGUCUAUUUUGGAUCUUCCUAUAUUUGGUAAACAACCCAGACAUUCAGACAAAAAUUCAAGAAGAAAUUGAUGGAAAGAUUGGACUCAGGUCACCAAGAUUUGAUGACAGGAAAGAUUUGCAUUAUAUGGAAGCUUUCAUAAGUGAAAUCUUAAGGCACACUUCAUUUAUACCAUUUACCAUUCCUCACUGUGCGAUGAAAGAAACUAUUCUCAAUGGGUACCUCAUUCCCCAAGACACCUGUAUCUUUGUUAAUAUGUAUCAAGUAAAUCAUGAUGAAACAUUAAUGGAAAAUGCCGAUUUGUUUAGACCAGAGAGAUUUCUGAAUGAAAACGGUGAACUCGACAAAAGCCUCAUUGAAAAAGUUUUGGGUUUUGGAAUGGGAAUAAGAAAGUGUUUAGGAGAAGACAUAGCUUGUAAUGAGAUUUUUCUUAUUCUCACCACCAUUUUGCAACAGCUGAAGCUUGAGAAAUGCCUUCAAGACCACCUAGAUUUGACCCCAGUGUAUGGAUUAUUCAUGAAACCUAAACCAUACCAAAUUCAAGUGGCACUGCGCACCUGAACAGUGCGUCUGGAGAAGCUGCACUUCAGAACAUAAUUAUCACUCUGUAAAUUAGUGUAGGGAAAUCCAUUAUCCACAGUGCAGGUUAUCCUUUACCUAAGCUACUGUAGUGCAUUUUUUAAUGAAAGGUGUAGAACAAUAAACACAAUCUCUUAAAUCACCUUCUCUCUGAUUGUGCUAAUCAGUUAACUGCAGGUUAUGUUAUUGUAAACUCUGUGAAAAAGCUGAAUUAAUUUUUGUUUGUAAUUGAC